AUGUUGCAAGCAUUGCCAGUGUUUGAUCGCACCGGACUUCGUUCAUCAAACCUUUCACACUCUUCGCUCAAUCGUCGACAGAUAGCAUUAGUGAUCGGUUUAGCGGUUUCAAAAAAAAGCACAGGACAACAAUACUCUCGCGGCCGAGCCGAGCGCGAUGAAAAUCGUGAACGAAAUGGUGAAGUUACGGCGUGGGUGUGCGCGAAGUUAGAGUAUACGAUGUUGGAAGGUGGACGUGCAGUGAUCUGGCACCUAGUAUCAGCCCGUCGUGCUGCACGCCACCCGAAAGAUUCACGUACUAACUGCUAAGUCGCACCCGCGUGUGUGUGUUGAAC